UCUCUCUCUAGUCUCUCAUUCUCUGUAUCACUCACUCACACCCUCACACCCUCACACAGAGUCACAGGAGGCCCUAAAGUUUGGAAGCUUAGGUAAGGAGACUGUGGAGCCGGGAGGUAAAUUACGUCUCUUUCUGAGACCGUCUGAGCUUCGUUUCGUUUAACGAAGCUCAGAGAGGGAAAAAUGGCGAGAAUGUUCCUCAACAUGACCUCUAUGCAAUUCGGUUCCUUGUCUACUGAUUGGUGGGAUGAGAUCAACGAGUCUAGUAUCUGGCAAGAUGGGAUCUUCUUCUCCCUCUGUGGUGCUUAUGCCCUCGUCUCUGCCGUUGCUAUGAUUCAAUUAAUAAGGAUUGAACUGCGAGUGCCGGAAUAUGGUUGGACGACACAGAAGGUUUUUCAUCUUAUGAACUUCAUUGUAAACGGAGUGCGUGCAAUUGUUUUUGGAUUUCACAAGCAAGUAUUUAAUUUAUCGCCGAAGGUCUUCAUUUUUGUGUUGUUGGAUCUUCCUGGACUUUUGUUCUUCUCAACGUACACCCUACUUGUCCUAUUUUGGGCAGAGAUUUUUCAUCAGGCAAGAAGUCUUCCAACAGAUAAGCUCAGGGUCGUAUACAUUUCAGUUAAUGUUGGAAUAUACUUUAUACAGGUUUGUAUUUGGAUAUACCUGUGGAUAAAUGACAACAGCGCUGUAGAGGUCGUUGGAAAGAUCUUUAUCGCAGUUGUAUCAUUUACUGCAGCACUCGGUUUCCUUUUUUAUGGAGGAAGGCUAUUUUUCAUGCUGAGACGCUUCCCUAUUGAAUCUAAAGGGCGAAGAAAAAAGCUUCAUGAGGUUGGAUCAGUUACAGCAAUAUGUUUCACCUGCUUUCUUGUCAGAUGCUUUGUGGUAGCAUUAUCCGCUUUUGACUCAGAUGCAUCUCUUGACGUGUUGGAUCAUCCGGUUUUGAACUUCAUCUAUUACAUGCUGGUUGAGAUCCUGCCAUCUGCACUUGUUCUCUAUAUCUUGCGGAAGCUACCGCCCAAAAGGGUAUCAGCACAGUACCACCCAAUCCGUUAAGCCAGCCUAAUCUUCAUCCUCGAAGGUUCACUUAUUUGACUCAAAAAGUCUUGGAUAAACAAGACAAGCAGACAUGCGGAGAAAAUGGGUGCAGACACAUGGCAAUAUUACUGCAUGUUACAUAUAUGGUGCUCUUCCAUGCUCGUGGAAGAGAUUGUUAACCGGGUUGCAGGUCUUGGUUUUGGAAAUGUCAUCAAGAGUUUUGAGUAUUUGAUAAUGUAUGCAUAUCAUUCAUUUGACAAAUUGAUGUGGAAGUUUUGCAGGGUGUUUGUAGUUGUUGUAGAGGGUCCCAAAUUUCCAUUUAUGUUUUCUGAAGAAUUCAGAUUUAGCAAGGGACCUGCAAAAACAAAAUUUGUGACGCCGAAGUUGUACAUUUAUUUAUCAAUUUCUUUCUCUUUAGGGGUAGCAGAUUUUGGAUUUGAUGAGUCGAGUCCCAAAAAUGAAUUUCUUUUUUUUCCA